UCGUGCAGGGGUCCACAUACAAGUGAUCUCUCUGUGCUACAAAGAAUAGCCUGGAGUGUGAUUAUCAAGUAUAAUUGGAUUUAUCAGUGAUCUCACUUUGACGAGGAUCGACGUUUUUUUCCCUUCAAUUGCUGGCAUGUUCUUGGGCACUUGGGCAAUUUUGUGGGUGGCCCACGCAGCCCUGGCAAAUCCCCUUUUGCUCGACGAUGACCUCCUGCUGCCGGAACAGCCACGAGCACUGCGACAGGUAGCCCCUGGGAGGGAUUUUCUCUUUCUCAACAAUCAAGUAGCCCCCAUUUGGCGUGCCUCCGCCACCCUCACGGGGGACAAUGCCGAAGGUGGACCCGGUGGGAGUGCAACAUUCCGUCAAUUCACUGACUUUGAUCCCGUUGUUGUGAAUCUCAAUGUGACGGGAAUCACAGCAGGCAAGCACGCGGUACACAUUCAUCAGUAUGGUGAUCUCACGGAAAGCUGUAAAUCCACAGGGCCACACUUCCGGAGGAGUUUGAUUGGCAAUAUUGAAGCAAAGGAAGAUGGAACGGCAUCAGUGGAAUUUGCCAGCCCCUAUUUGAGUCUCUGCGGUCCCAAUGGGAUCAUUGGGCGAUCCUUGGUUAUCCAUGAGAAACCCAUUGAGUACAAUCGCUUCCCAGAUAUCGCCACACCACCGUCGGAAUCACAAGAAGACAACCCCACACCCCCGCAGACGGAAGAGCAGAAAGUGGGGAAUAUCGUUGCAUGUGGCGUGAUUACCAUCACCAAGGGGAAGGAGUGAUGAAUGAAUUUUUGAUAUGAUAAUUUUCCCAUCUCCCUCACACAUUUGCCUCCUGAUCAAACACUCCCCCCCCCAUGCCACCCUCUCAUUUCCCUUAAUUUGAUUUUACCUUCAAAUAAACCGCCUUUUCCUGAGGAAU